GUAGCGUUUCGGACCCUGGGGUUCUGUUCCAGUUCUGGUUCAAACUCUUUUGCGGACCUCCUUGGUCAUCGAUUUCCUUUCGUCUUUCCAUCAUGUCGCGAGAAAUAGUGAACAUACAAGUCGGACAGGCAGGAAAUCAAGUUGGAGAGGCGUUUUGGAAGAUGCUCUUAGCGGAGCAUGGCCUCGACGAUGCUGGGAUGUAUAAAGGCAAUGAUCCUCAACAAAUUGCACGAGCAGGCGUAUACUUCACCCAAGUGGACUCCAAUGGUCCCACUAAGUACGUCCCACGAAGUGUUCAGGUGGAUCUUGAAACCGGGGUCUGCAAUCGCCUUCGUUCGGGACUGCUGGGUCAGCUGUUCCGACCAGAUACGUACUUCACUGGCGACUCAGGGGCUGGAAAUAAUUGGGCGAAAGGAUAUUACACCGAAGGGGCUGAGUUAAUUGACGGCAUCUUGGACAUUGUUCGAAGGCAGACCGAGGCUACAGAGGCAUUACAAGGAUUUCAGAUAAUUCACUCGCUCGGAGGUGGCACUGGCGCUGGUCUAGGUUCUCUACUUCUGUCAAAGCUGCGUGAGGAAUAUCCCGAUCGAAUGCUUUCUACAUUUUCGAUCCUUCCUGCUCCCAAUGUCUCCGAGACUGUUGUUGAACCAUAUAACUCCCUUCUUUCUAUACAUCAACUGGUUGAUAACUGCGAUCUGACGAUCUGCAUCGACAACGAGGCCUUGUAUGACAUAGCCGUUCGCACUCUUAAAAUCAAAAGUCCUGCAUAUAAAGAUCUGAACCAACUUAUAGCCAAGGUCAUGUGUGGCGUCAGCACUAGUCUGAGGUUUCCUGGUCAGCUCAACGGUGAUCUCCGGAAACUCGGGAUGAAUCUCGUCCCGUUCCCUCGUCUGCAUUUUCUUAUGCCGAGUUUCGCGCCAUUCUACGACCCAAAAGCUCGGACAUUCCAGAGGCUCUCUGUAUCCGAGCUCACUUCAUCGCUGUUUGACAGAAGGAAUCUUUUGGUUGCUUCGGAUCCCCGAUUUGGUCGGUACCUGACUGCUGCCUGCAUUUUCCGGGGCAAGGUGUCGUCACACGAGGCAGAGACCUCAGUUGCGCAACUCCAGCGCAAGAAUUCGAAUCUCUUUGUGGAGUGGAUCCCCGACAACGUGUCCGUUUCGCUUUGCUCUGUGCCUCCUGUGGGCCAACCUCAGGCAGCGGUAGCCCUUGCGAAUUCCACGUGCAUACAAGAGCUCUUCAAGCGAAACCUUGACCAAUUUGCCCUGAUGUUCAAGCGCCGUGCGUUCUUGCACUGGUACACAGGAGAGGGUAUGGAUAUCAUGGAGUUCACCGAAGCGGAGAGUAACACUCAGGAUUUAAUAUCAGAAUAUCAACAGUAUCAAGAAGCCACGGCGGAAGAGGAAGAAGUUGAAGCCGAGAGCGAGCAAUAAUACAAGUUGACAUCGUGACUUGGUUUUAGCUCUGCUUUCGUCGGUGACAUCACCUUUUGAUUCUUUCAGCAUAGAUCCAAUUUCGCAGCCUAUUUUUAUUAAUGCACAGAGACCAAUUGGAUGGCAUUGUUUUCUAUAAAUACGACUGAUGAGCUUGUUUCCCAUCGGACCUCAACUCAACCGAACACUCAGAUCAGGCAAAUGUCGAGUUUUGAAUCGCGGGACUUCGUAGCAUGCUGAAAAUAUCGCAAUGGUCGU